AUGACAACAUUUGGAAUUUUGGCAGCAAGAAAUGGUAAAAUUAUAGUAGCACACAGUUCUCAUGAGGCAAGAUCCUUGGCACAAAAAGCACGCCGUCAAAAAGAGAAACAAGAAAAGGCACAAAAAGAACCUUUAGAAGAAGGUGUUCUCCCAACAAGUCUUCUUCAACAGCCCAGAAAGAACCCAUCAGCAGCAUCCUUGGCACAAAAAAAACGUCGUGGAAGAGAAAAACAAGAGAAGGAGCAGAUAGCACGUUCUGUUAUUCCAACAACUCUUAUUCAACCUGAAGCAUUAUGCUGCAAUGAGGGGCGUAAUCAAUUUUUUACUGACAGAGCUAGAGCACGGAUGUCACUGUCACAGCGACAACGUCGCAGCAGAGAACUGAAUCAACAUCUUUCUAAGCCACGGGGAGCACCCUUAGGACAAGCAGAAAAGGAGCCAUCAAGAAUGAAUACAGUAGUUAUGGGAAGUAAUAAGCGGAUAGGAUCACUACGUACACCAUCCACUUCAGAUGAAAAUGAGAUGUCUAUUCCUGCUCCAGAUAUAUCUUCUGAUGAGUAUACUGAUUAUGAAUAUUCUUCGGAUGAAGAAGUUGAUGACGAAUACGAAAAUGUACUUAAAGCUGUUGGAAAUAUACCUGCUGUUAAUUUUAAUGAGACCGGAAGAAAUUAUCUCGGAAAGAUGGACGUUCCCUGCUCAUUUUGUGGUGCUCUGCAUUGGAUUGACGAGAAAUUAACCGAAUCAUCUUUUAAGAACCCAAAAUUUGGUAAAUGUUGUCAUAAAGGAAAAUUUAAUCUGCCAGCACUGUGUACACCUCCUGAUUCAUUAAGAGAAUUAUUUGAAGGUGAUGAUGAUAAAUCAAAGACGUUUAGGGAAAAUAUUAGAAGUUUAAAUACUGCUAAUGCAUUUACAAGUCUUGGAUGCAAAUACGACACAAGGGUAUCAAAAGAAGGAGGACCUCCAUGUUUUUCAAUACAUGGUGAAUUACGACAUAAUAGUGGAUCUUUGACACCUAAAGAAGGAGAGGAUGCAAUUUACUCGCAACUAUACAUAUAUGAUCCAUCUCAUGCAUUGGCUAUACGGGAAAAAAGAAAUCCAAAUCUAAGUAGAGAAGUUCUUAAAAUUAUCCAGGAUACACUAUUGGAGCACAACAUUUUCAUUACGAAGUUUCGUCAAGCACACGAUAUCUUAAGAGAUAAUGAGGUGUCAUCUCAGAAUCCUGUGCAGGUCUCCCUACAUUUUAACGAGAAUUCUGAUAAGAGGCGAUAUAAUAUGCCAACCGCGGAAGAAGUAUCCGUCAUCGUACCUGAAAAGCCCAGCGACAUAAAAGCACCCUGUGAUAUUCUUUUGCAUCUAAAAGCAGGAAAAGGAUUUACAAGAAUUAAUGAAUGUCAUCCUACAUAUCUACCUUUGCACUAUGUUUUACUAUUCCCUUACGGUGAGUUAGGUUGGAGCACCGAACUUGCACAAUGGGAUGGAAAAGAUUUUACCAAAAUAAAUCUAUCUCAGAUGCAGUUUUACAGUUACUAUCUUUUUCAGCGCCACUCAGAAUAUUCAACAAUUCUGAGAGGAGGAAAACUAUUCCAAGAAUUCUUAGUAGAUGCAUGGGCUUCGACUGAACAAAAUCGUUUAAAUUUUUUGAGAUUUAACCAGAUAAAGCUACGUGCAGAUCAAUAUGCUUUAAUAAUAAAAAUGAAAGAUGCUGGAUUAACACCUAAAGAAGGAGGUUCACCAUGCAUUUUACCAUCCUCAUAUAUUGGGAGUCCAAGAAACAUGUAUGAAAUCUACUAA